AUCCUCCAUGCUGCCCUGGAGUGGACAGAUCUAUGUACAGUGUGGUAAUCAACAGAAGUCCAUUAAAGUUCAGAUCCGGCAAGAUCUGGCCAUGGAUGUUUCUGCCACUAGCUGCGCCAUGGACCGCUCUUUACGCCCACUGCCACCUCAGGCUGAGACCCCUUUAGUACCAGGACAGAAACCUCAGAGCAGCAGCACCCAGCCUCAGGUUGAGAUCAAGAACCGAACGCUGGUCUUCCCUCCCACUGCCUCUGGAGAAUCAUCAGAAUGUUCUCUGGAGGUGGAGAAUCAUGGAGAGGAGGUCAGAUGGUACCUCUCUUCAUUUGCUCCUCCAUAUGUAAAGGGUGUCGAUAGCGGUGGAGAUGUUUAUCGUGCCACAUACUCUGCCUUCAGAUGUGAGAAGGCAUCUGGGACUCUGGGGAUUCAAGAGAGGAUGCAGGUUCCAUUCACUUUCCUUCCACGUGAUCGGGGAGAUUAUGCGCAGUUUUGGGAUUUGGAAUGUCACCCAACAGCCAAACCUCAGCACAAGAGCCGUGUUCGCUUCCAGUUGUGUGGCACUGGCAUAAGAGCAGGAGAAGCAUCGAGUGUUAAAGAAAAUUGCUCCUUGGUGAAAACGGAAGCCACUGUGAAGAACAGGAAGAGACUGGAUUCUGCAGGCUCAAAGACUGGAUCUUCAACUGAGAAUCAGAAGAGGGGCGUUUAUGCACCUCAAAGUCUGUACACAUUUCCUGCCACACGAGUGGGCGCCACCAGCACACUGAAGGUUAACUUCAGAAAUAACUCCUCCAACACACAUGAGAUCACAACACUACAUCAACCUCCCUGUUCAGUUCGUGCCAGCCACUGUGGGCCAGUUUUCCGGCACACUACUCGUACAGACGGACACAGACGCUAAACUGAUCGUAGAGCUCAGUGGAGAAGCCUUGCCAUGAA